AUGGACUACGAGGAUGCGCUUGACGCGAUGGGGGUGGGGGGUUACCAGAAGUUGCUCAUGGUGGUAUGCGGGCUGGCAAACGCGACAGACGCCAUUGAAAUCUUGUCGCUCUCCUACGUCAUCCCGGAGAUUGAGACUGAGAUCGCCGCAUGGAGCUUGGGGGCCUUGAGCUCAGCGGUGUUCGCCGGCAUGCUCAUCGGGGCGCUGGUUGGGGGCUUCCUGAGCGACGUGAUUGGCAGACGACCAGUGCUGAUGUGCUCGAUGCUCCUCAACGCCAUCUUCACGGCUCUCUUUGCUCUCGCGGCAGGCGAGUACGUCAUGGUUGUACUUCGCUUCUUCACCGGCUUCGGCGUGGGAGCAAGCGUUCCUGUGGUGUUCGCUUACCCCGCUGAGGUCGUUCCCUCUGCAAACAGAGGCAUGGCGAUCACGGUGGUGGCGCUCUCUUGGAUGAUCGGGAGCAUCGUGGUGGCAGGGUUGGCAUGGGCCAUCAUCCCCUCUUACGGGUGGAGGCUCUUCGCUUUCGCGUGCUCCCUUCCCGCUCUCGCGUGCUCGAUCUGCCUUAUGACCGUAAUCAAAGAGAGCCCGCGCUUCCUGCUGGUCAAGGGCAAGACCAACGAGGCGUCCAAGGCCGUCUCCCAUAUCUGCCGCUUCAACAGCGCGAGCUUCGGGAGCAACGAGACGCAGGUGGUGCGGAUCAAGGCUCUAUCCCUAGAUCACGGCAACGAGAAGCUGUGGUUUCGAGUACGUCAGCUCUGGCAGCACCGCCUCCGGACUCGCUCCUUCCUUCUCGCGCUCGUGUGGAUCGGGAUCUGCUUCGGGUGGUACGGGCUUGCCACCUGGAUCCCGACGAUGCUCAAGGAGAAGAACGUUGCGCUAUGUUGGGGGGAGGCAUCAACAAGGAGCUGCCUGUACCAGACAGCAGUUCUUGUCGCACUUUCGAACCUUCCAGGAAACAUUUUGAGCCUCUUGCUGGUGGAUGUGAUCGGAAGAAACACGCUGCUCUCUGUUAGCAUGUUUCUCUCUGCUCUGAGCGCGAUAGGAGCAUGGUUGUCCAAAGACGGCGUCGCUACUGGUAUCUUUUUCUGUAUCUUCAAUGGAGUGAGUGUCGUCGGAUGGAACAUUCUUGACAUUCUUUCCACGGAGAUGUUUCCCACGGCUCUUCGCGGGGUAGCGAUGGGGCUUCUCAGCUCGCUCGGUCGCAUCUCAGCUGCUGUGAGAUCAUUGAGUGUGCUCUCGUGUCGUUCUCACUCCCCAGCAGGUUGCUCAGCUGCAGUUCAGCACGGCGUCUUCUGA